AUGAAGCUGCUGAAGCCGAGCUGGGUGAGCCACAACGCCUGUGUGAACUGUGUGCGCUGGUCCAACAACGGGCUGUGUCUGGCCUCCGGAGGAGACGACAAGCUGGUCAUGGUGUGGAAGAGAGCCGCGUUCAUCGGUCCCAGCACAGUGUUUGGGUCAAGCAGCAAGUUGGCCAAUGUGGAGCAGUGGAGGUGUGUCACGAUCCUGAGGAACCACACUGGAGAUGUGAUGGACGUGGCGUGGUCUCCUCAUGACGUGUGGCUGGCCUCCUGCAGUGUGGAUAACACCAUUGUGAUCUGGAACGCUCGCAAAUUUCCAGAGAUGGUCACUACUCUGCGAGGACACACUGGCCUGGUGAAAGGCCUCACAUGGGAUCCAGUGGGGAAAUACAUCGCGUCCCAGGCUGACGACCACAGCCUGAAAGUGUGGCGGACGGUGGACUGGCAGAUGGAGGCGAACAUCACCAAACCUUUCAGUGAGUGCGGUGGGACGACCCACGUCCUGCGUCUGUCCUGGUCUCCAGACGGUCAGUAUCUUGUGUCGGCUCAUGCAAUGAACAACUCCGGCCCCACCGCUCAGAUUGUGGAGAGAGAUGGCUGGAAGACUAAUAUGGACUUUGUGGGCCACCGUAAAGCUGUCACCGUGGUGAAAUUCAACCCAAAGAUUUUCAAGAAGAAGCAGAAGAACGGCAGCUCUCCGAAGCCCAGCUGUCCGUACUGCUGCUGCGCCGUCGGCAGCAAAGACCGAUCGCUCUCUGUCUGGCUCACCUCACUGAAGCGCCCUCUUGUGGUCAUCCAUGAUCUUUUCGAUAAAUCCAUUAUGGACAUUUCCUGGACAUUGACGGGUCUGGGGAUGUUGGUUUGUUCGAUGGAUGGCACAGUCGCCUAUUUGGACUUCUCCCUGGAUGAACUGGGAGACCCGCUGAAUGAAGAGGAGAAGCUCAUCUGGCAGAAUCUUUUGAAGAAGCAGGUGGAGACGAGAACAGCAGAUGGCAGAAGAAGAAUCACACCGCUCUGCAUUGCUCAGCUGGACACGGGGGAUUUCUCUCCGGCUUUGUUCAACAGUGUUCCCAUCCUGCCCUCGGGCUCAUCCAUGUCCAGCCAGCUCACCCCCCAGCUCAGCUCCGACUCCAGCCCAGGACAGGCCUCUUCUAUGGGGCUUAAGCCCACACACGACCCCAUGCUUACCUCACCUCCUCCCAACAACACUGCUAAGCCAAUGGAGGACAACAAUGAUGGUGUCAAGUCCAGUCUGCUGCUCACCUCUGCCUCCAAGAUUGAGCCAAUGAAAGCUUUGGACUCCAGGUUUACAGAGAGGUCAAAGGCCACACCAGGCGUGACGGCCGCCAUUUCGUCCACAGCUGGACUCACACCGUUAGACAGCAGCAGGCCGAAAGACGGCGUCACCGCCCAGAAGGAGGCAAAAACCAAAGAAGAGACCAGCAGUGACAGCGAGGAUAAGAUGGCUGCCAUCAACAAGAACUUGACAUUUGGCAAGAGGAAACCAGAGCUGCUGCUGGAUGGAGGAGAGGUGUUGGAGAAGAGGAGGAAGGGACGGCCCAGGAAAGACAAGAUGGCUGCUUCCAUGGCCCAACCUUUCACUCAGCAGAUAACUCCUCCCGUGGAACGGGAGCCCAGCAGGGUUGUAGCUCCUCCAGCUCCUGUCGCUGUUCUCAAACUACCAACACCAAGUACACAGAAGGCCUUCAGUCUGCAGGUGAGCAUGGAGCCCUCAGUGUUCCUGGAGGUGGAGAAUGAGGUGUCCAUGGUUGCAGGUUCGAAGCUCAGCCAGCUGCGAUGCUCCAGAGACGGACGUGACUGGAACACGCUCCUGCCCAGCUCUGUGGUCGUUGCUGCAGGCAGCAGUGACAUCCUUGCAGUCGCCUGUGAGGACAGGAUGUUGUCAGUCUUCUCUUCCUGUGGGCGGCGACUCCUUCCUGCCAUUCAGCUAGGCACGCCUGCGUCUGCCUUACACUGCUCUGCCCACUACGUCAUGGUUCUGACCGCUGGAGCGACUUUGUCCGUGUGGGAUGUUCAGAAACAGAAGGUUCUGGUCAAGAACGAGUCUCUGCUGACUGUUUUGUCUGGUGCUGACACUACAGUGUCCCAGUCUCUGCUGACUCAGCAGGGAGUUCCAGUCAUUGGACUGUCCAACGGGAAGUCGUACUGCUUCAGCUCCUCUCUGGAGACAUGGACUCUGAUAGCAGAUAAAAGUGACUCUCUGGUUCAGUGUGCUGACUUCAGGAGCUGCCUGCCUAGCCACGACACACCGGUGUCCUCUGGGCCUCUGGCUGUCAUGCAGGGACGCAACCUCAAUGCCGGUCGGCUGGCUUCCCGCCUCUCCUCCACCCCUCACCACCUGCAGCAGAGCAUGACGCUGGCCUUCCUGGAGAAUCAGCUGGCGUCUGCUUUGACUCUGCAGUCAGCACAGGAGUAUCGCUACUGGCUGCUCAUCUAUGCCCGUUUCCUCGUCAAUGAAGGCUCAGAGUAUCGCCUCAGAGAACUCUGCAAGGAGCUCCUGGGUCCCGUCCACAAAUCAGCGGCUACAUCCUGGGAGCCCACCACACUGGGUCUACGUAAGCGUGAGCUGCUGCGGGAGGUCUUGCCCGUCAUCGGUGAAAACCUUCGAUUCCAGAGACUGUUCACUGAGUACCAGGAUCAGCUGGAGUUGCUGCGCAACAAAUAGCACGCGCUGCUACGCAGACAGAAACUGACACAAACACACACGGACUUAAAACAGUUCGGUUUGCCUCGGCUCAGCUCCGGUAAACUUCGACUGCUUUCUUCAACUUGAAACGCUGCUCUGGCUCAGACCUGAAAAGCACGAGCUGGGUGUCUUCUGAGAACUUUAACAUCAGCCGGUCCUCAGCUUUUUGAGCGCUGGGACUUUUCAGUGCUGUCGUUCACCACACAGUUUUUUUUUUUCUGGUUUUCAGUUUCAAUUCUCCUCUCCUGUCUUUAUUCCUUCUAAAUGUGAUCUUUUUGACCUAUGCACCUCCUGCCCUCCUAAUCAUGAACCUAGAAAAGGUAACUCAAGGGAGAUGGUGAUAGAAACGGUCGUCAGGUGCAGCAUCAGCAGCUGUAUGGAGUCAUUCUCAGAGGUCUUGGAGAGAGAUCAGAGGUAAAAUGUAAAGAGAAAUGUAAAUUAGAACAGAUUUAUAGGAGCAAUAUGCUUGCACCAAAGUGAUGCCAAUUUAGUGAGAAAUAGUCUCUCACCUGCAUCUGCCAGGUGAAGGAAAUGAAGGGCAUCCAGACUACGGAUCAGCUGGGUUUUUACAGGUUGGUAUUCCCGAGUAUACCAUUAUCUUUAAAAUCAGCAGUUCUCAUACCAAAAUGCAAAAAGGGUGGUAAAAUGCAAGGCCAUGACUGAAAUGCAGGAUUGUUGUCUGUGAAAUAAAAUUGGAAAAAUGAAAAAAGAAUUUGUGCACAAACAUUAAGCAGAAAUUUAUGUACGCACUAAACUAUGGCUAUCUGUGAGUCUGCACCUUCGAUUGGUGCAUUCGCCAUUCUUUGGUCCUCCCUCCACUGAAUAAGCUUUUACAUUCUGUAAUCUCUCCACAGUGUAGCUCCAUUCUUAGCUGUUUAAAAUAGAUUUUGUUUGUAAAAGGAUAAUCCUUCACUUCUGCAGAGAUGGGCUGGCGCAUCUAGACGAAGGUGAUUUUAAAAAAGUCAUCGUCCUACAGAGAAUGGGAUCGGGUGCAACUGGGAAACAACGUCUGACGCUAUGACUGAUCAUUAGGCUAAGCCAGUAUCAAAUCUCAGAAUCUCUGGCUGCACUAAAAUCAUCGUAAACACAAAUUCAGACAAAAUAAAGUUCUUAAAAAAUGAACGAAGCACCAGAUGGUUUAGGGCAUUGCAGGAAUCCCUGGUAGAUGUGCAAUAGUUGUACAUCGGUACAAGCUCUUGGUGCUAGACAUUGUUUGUAAACUGUUAGUGCCGAGUGUUACAGGUCGAGAGAAAGAAUCAGCUUAUGGAAUCAAAAUUUCUUCAUUAUUUUUUUUAACUGUUUUCUCAACACAAGACACGUUUUAGGGUGUUGAGAAAAUGGUUCUGUUUUCAGGCCGGUCUUAGUCAUUGCACGGUGUUAUACGGUGGCUGAAUGAAUCAUAAGGCACAAUAUUAAAUUAACCCAACAGUAGGCCUUUCAGACAUGGGUAACAUGGCUGACUUACCAGUCUGUUACAGUAAUGGCACUCUGUCAUUCGUAGGGCACUUUUACACUUUAACUGUGGCGUCAGACAGACUUACUGACAGCGGUGAAACAAUGCAAAGUGAUGUGAUGUGCAAGAAAUUUGUCAUAGUUGCAAAAGUCUUGACGCGCAUUUGGUAACAAGUAUUUUUGGUAUUAUCUCCAAAUCGAACCCACAGACUGUAUAAAAGAUGUAUGCCGUUAAACCUGCAGUCUAAUAUUGGCCACCAGAGGGCGAUAAAGAGUUCUAGUCCUUUGGGAAAGCUGCCCUUAUACUUGACCUCUGUAAAAACUUUGCUGGUGAGUUAAAGGUCUCAGUCAAUCAUUUCAGGUCUUUGUCAACGUCAAGAUUAUUUUGUAAAUUUCGCUUAUGAUUUCACAGUUGUUUGGUUUUUGCUCGUCACACCCAGUUUCAAAACACCAAGAUGGCAACAGCGAAAAAGCUUCUCUCGAAUCUUCAAAUUGUGACCACAGAAGAAUGUUUUCAUGUAGAAAACUGUAAUAAUGAAGCCACAUGCUAUCAUACAAGUUCUGCUUUUUUUUUGUUUGUUUUGUUUUCUGUCAUGUGUAAUCUGUUCAAACUUUGCAGUGAUGAAUUUUUCCUCUGUCCAGCUGAGCAACAUUGCUGGCCCGCUUCAGUCUAAAAGUGACCAGUGUGCGGGCUCAGAAUGAUGGAAAUGGAAAGAGGCUAAUCACAGUUAAAAAAUCUCUUAACUCGCAUGUCCAGAGUAGCUGCAGGGUUUUAUUUUUCUGAACUCCACCAAAAAUGGUUCUGGAUUUGUCAGAUAAUUAUGUCUUAUAUUUGAAACAUGUGGACAUUUCAGGAGACCAGACUCGGUGAAAUGUUCUGUAUAUGUGUUUUUUUUUUUUCCCACUUGGUUUGUAAAUAAGCUGAACUCAGAAACACAACCAGAGCCGGUAAAGGCUCAGAUUUCUCUUGAUUUCUCUUCACUUUUCUCUGCUGCUGUGCAAGAAUCACUGCUUUCAAUUCAGGAUUAAGGAGGGAAAAUUGUUUUCUGAUAUCCAUUAACUUGACAUUUGACCCAAAGGUCAUGAAACCCAGUGACACAUUAAUGAAGUUCAUUUACCUUAAUAGUACGUGUGUUUAGCCUUUUGUUAGUCUGCAGCAGCAUUAAUGCACUCCUCUGCCUGCUCUGUGUGAUCACACAGGAAGCUUGUUUAGUGUUACAUUUCACUUCUGAGUGUGGUAAGCAGCACAGAGGAAUCCCUUUUACUUAACACCCCCCACCCAUUUUUUUUUAUCUUUUCUUCUUCUUUUUUUUAUCUGUACAGAACUUCCUUCCUUAUUUGUUUCAUUUCUUUUUGUUGUUGUUUUUUUCGGGGGGGUUUCGCUGUCAGUCAUUUUUAAAUGUUUCUACAAGACGUUUUGUUUGAUUUGUUUUCAAUUUGUAUAAGAAAAAGAAAAAAUAACCAGAGACAAGCUGAAGUUUUUGCUUUGGAAAAAAAAGAGGAACGAUUAAACAAAUGAGGAACAGUUGUGGCUUGUUAA